CAGAGAGGGAAAGAAAGAAAAGAUUUUGCUUUGAAUUGGGUUUUAGGUGCCGAAAGAAUAAGUAAACGUGCCCAGUAAAUACCACGCAGAGAUAGUGUCAUAAGAUAGUUCAUGGAAAGGGAGUCGGAUGGUGAUGAGGUGAUCGUGGUGAUUCCGGGUGCUGAAGAAAAGUCGAGUUCCAGUGACCCAAAUGAAGAGAUUGAAAAAGUAGGAUCUGGGUCUUCCUCUUUUUCUAAGUUUCUUCCAAUAGAUCCUCCACCUGCUGCUAUUCAGCUUGUUCAAUUAAAUCAAGAUGCGGGUCUCAGAUCAAGGAAAAACGUGCCCUCAGUUCCGAGCUCUUCGGUUGUAGAGAUACCAAAGAUUAAUCCACUUCCAUCACAGAUCAAUGAGGAUCCCGUUAACCGAAUACCAUUGGCACAGUCUCCCUAUCCGAAGGCGAAAUCAAGACUGGUUGAACCUGCAGUUCCUAGCAAUUGGAAGAUGGGCAAUGAUAAAGUGAGUACAACUGCUUCUCCUUCUCAAAAGACACAAACCCCCAAAGUAUCCCCUCCAAUAACCCCGAGAACACCAUUAAUCGUGACACCAAAAGAAGAGGACGAUGAUGAAGAUGUAUAUUAUACAAACGCUCUACAAGCUAAUCAGAAAGGAAAACCACCUAAGAAAUUCAAGGUCCUGUUCUUAUUAGAAUUCAGUUUGCUUCUGUGCAUAACAAUAGUUUUAAUUCUAAGCAGAACGGUGGAUAAAAUGACGAGUUGGGAGAUUUGGAGGUUACUACUAUGGAGAUGGUGUGUUUUGGUAUUGGCAAUUUUCUGUGGUCGUUUGUGUUCCGAAUGGUUUACUGAUGCUAUAGUUUUCUUGAUUGAAAGGAAGUUCUUACUUAAAAAGAAAGUUCUAUAUUUUGUUUAUAGCCUGCAAAAGAGCGUUCGGGUUUUUAUCUGGUUAGGUUUAAUUCUACUAACGUGGGGCCUCUUGAUCAACCAUGGGGUCCAAAGAACGAGAGACACAACCAAGGUUCUAAACUAUAUCACAAGGGGGAUUGCCUCUACACUCGUUGGUGCUGGUGCAUGGAUCCUCAAAACUUUGUUUGUAAAGAUCUUAGCUUCUUCAUUUCAUGUUACGGUAUUCUUUGACAGGAUUCAAGAAUCCAUCUUCCACCAAUACGUUCUUCAAACCCUUUCAGGGCCUCCAUUGAUGGAGGAUUCUGAAAACAUGAGUGGUUCUCAUUCAACAACAAGACAGUUGAGUUUCAAAAGUGGUACCAAAAAUGGGGGAGAAAAAAAGAAGGAAAAGGUUAUCAACGUGCAAAAGCUCAAGAAGAUGAAACGUGAAAAGGUAUCUGCUUGGACAAUGAGAGGGUUAAUUAAAGUUAUAAGAAAGUCGGGGUUUUCUACGCUUUCUGAUGCACUUGAUGCAAGUGAGGAUGCUGCAGAGCAGGAUGAGCAAAAGGAUGGAACAAUCACUAGUGAGUGGGAAGCUCAAAAUGCUGGUUAUACUAUAUUCACGAAUGUAGCUAAGCACGGGCAUAAGUACAUUGAAGAGGAUGAUCUUUUACGUUUUAUGGACGAAGAUGAUGUGAAGAAAGUGUUUUCAUUGUUCCAAGGAGCAGUGGAAACUGGAAAGAUUAAGAGGAAGCCCUUUAGUAAUUGGGUGGUGAAUGUGUAUAAGGAGCGUAAAUUUCUGGCACUUUCUCUAAACGACACUAAAACAGCCAUAGAGGAGCUAAACAAGCUUGUUUCUGGGCUUACAGUAAUUGUGCUCAUAAUCGUUUGGUUACUUCUCAUGGGGCUUGCAACAACAGAACUUUUGCUCUUUAUCUCAUCUCAACUAUUACUUGGGGUUUUCAUGUUUGGGACCUCGGCUAAGUCAGCAUUCGAAGCGAUAAUAUUUGUGUUCGUAAUGCACCCAUUUGACGUUGGUGAUCGUUGUGUCAUUGAUGGUAUCCAGGUCGUUGUAGAAGAAGUAAAUAUAUUGACAACCGUCUUCUUGAGAUAUGACAAUGAGAAGAUUUUCUACCCGAAUUCAAUCUUGGCUAUGAAAGCCAUCAGCAAUUUCAACCGAAGCCCAGAAAUGAGUGAUUCAAUCGAGUUCGAUGUUGAUGUUUCCACUUCAGUGGAGAGCAUCAUAGCUCUAAAAGAGAAAAUUAAAGCGUACAUAGAUAGCAAACCUCAACUAUGGCGUCCAAAGCACAGUGUUAGGGUUAAGGAGAUCGAGAACGUGAAUAAGAUGAAAAUGAACCUGUACGUAACGCAUACGAUCAACUUUCAGAACUACGAAGAGAAAAGUGACAGAAGAUCAAACCUUGUUCUGGAGCUGAAGAACAUAUUCGAAGAACUAGGAAUCAAGUAUCAUCUUCUUCCUCAAGAAGUUGUGAUUAGAUAUGCUGAGUCUGCAUCGCCACCGGUCGCCACCUCCUCACGGUUGUCGUGACCGAAUCCUGAAUACAAUAUGUUUCUUACUUUCUUUCGUGAGGUUCUUCUGAUUUCAAUUGGACCAUGUAGGAUAGACUUGUAUAUUGCAAUCACAAUGCUCGGCCAUAUUCAGUUCAAUUUUUAUCUAUUUCAAAUCAUGAUUAAAAUUU